UGAAAUCUGCGGUCUAGUUACGACUGCCAAAUGUAUUGGUAAUGUUUCAACGAGAGGAAAUGGAAGAUCCGAACCAGUUACAAGUAACGGGUACUCUGGCCACUUACGAUGUUUCUCACCUGAGAAACCUGAAACCCGAGCUACGUGUAUGUAAAUGGAAGUUGCGUGGGCUUUGAACAGAAAUCCAACGAAAAAUCACAUUGAGUAGCCUAUUUCAGUGGGAAGACGUGUCAGUGCACGACAGUGUGGGCUAAAGCACAGAUCAAUUUCAAUUGCAAUUCAGGAGAAAUGUCUACCUUCGCGGUAACACUCGGAGUAUAUUUAAUUCUUCGUUCUGGCGUCGUUACUGGUUCAGAUGAACGAAGCGAUGCGACGAGCAGUCCGAUAACAGAAGCAAAACAAGCAGCCGCAUUCGCUCCACUUUCAACAGGAAUACCUGAACAGAACAUUAAACAUUACGACGUUCCAACCAAUUACAAUUACAAACCAACAUAUAGCAGACGGUGUCCUUUGUGCGACAACUCGGUGUACCCGUAUUGCGGAGAGAAAUUAUUGCACGAUGCGUGUUGCUGUACAGACCCUUAUAUCCAUGACCUCCCUUAUCAAUGUAAAUUGGCGGAUUGCCGAUUUCUUCAUGCGAAUACUUGCAGGGAGCACAGACUGAUCGCUACCUGUUGCUGCAGCGACGACUACAGAUCGUUAUUGAAAAGUUUUAAAACAGUUUAGCAACUCUCGUCGGGAGAUAAGAGACAAGGGUUAACGAAUAUAAUCUUAUUCGACGCUAUCGAAUAAAAAUUUACCUGGAUAACAAUUUAUCCGAAUAAGAUUUUAUUCGUACAAACAUUCG